AUAUACACUGUAUCACCUAACCUUUUUUUGUAUGCAUGUAUUCCAUAUUGAUACCAUCCUAUUGUAUGUAUACCAAUACUAGUCUUAUUAUCGAUAUUUACCCUAUUUGAGACCAAGUCCAUUAUUACGUAGCCUUUUGUACUUGACGGCCACCAUCACGCUACAAUGAAUCUCGUUGACCGACCAUUCUAUUCGACAAGGCCAGAAUGGAAGGACGUUGCACCUUUGGAACAGUACGAGAACAUCAACCCAUUGGCACCAAUCCUCUACACAGAUGAAUACAAAGAUGCGACCGACUACUUUCGCGGCAUCGUUAGAAAUGGAGAGAAGAGUGCACGAGUAUUGGAACUGACGGAACAUAUCAUUCGAUUGAACCCAGCCCAUUAUUCUGCAUGGCAGUACCGGUAUGAAGCCCUCAUCGCGCUCGGUUCACCGCUCACGACUGAGCUGCGACUCAUGGACGAAAUCGCCGUCAAGCACCUCAAGACAUACCAAGUCUGGCACCACCGCCGCCUUCUCCUCAUCCAACUCCGAGACCCAGCUCCAGAGCUCAAGUUCAUUGCCCAAUCACUCAGGGCUGACGCCAAGAACUACCACACAUGGUCUUACAGACAAUGGCUUUUAGCUUACUUCAACGAUGAUGAUUUAUGGAGUGGCGAGCUGGACUUUGUCGACCAUAUGCUGAACGAGGACGUCCGGAACAACUCCGCCUGGCAUCACCGCUUCUUCGUCGUGUUCCAGUCUGGGAUCCGGGACAGCGAGAAAGACAGGGAGAGGGUAAUCAAGCGAGAGCUGAUAUACGUCAAGCAGAGUAUAUCCUUAGUGCCUAACAAUGCGUCCGCGUGGAACUACCUCCGUGGGAUCCUAGAUCACAACAAACUGCCGUACUCGAGUGUACAGACAUUUGUCGAGGCUUACACUCGGGAUACUCCACCUGCUACAGGGGACGAUAUUGUGGACCUCGAGAACCCACCUCCAUCAGAGGAAGCCCAGCUCCCCUGUCCGGCCGCCAUAGAGCUCCUAGCGGAUAUCCACGAACUUCAGGGUGUCGAGGGUGUUGAGAAAGCGAUCGAGCUUUGGAAAUCGCUCCGUGAUGGCUAUGAUACCAUUCGGAAGAGAUACUGGGACCAUCGGAUCAAGGAGGCGUCUCACCGCGAGGGUAUCUGAUUCGCAUGGCCAAUAUGACGUCUUGGAAGUUACCGCCUGUAUCAUAUGUUGAGUUAUCGCUAUCAAAAAAUGAGUUUAAUAGGUCCAGAAUGACCCACCUGGCAACCGGCUCUACAUUGUGACCCAAGAAUUCACCGUUGAGGAAUGGAGCAAUUA